UUGUUUACGGGUAUAAUUAUCUAAAAAUAGAAAAACAGUAUACGGGUCGUCUGACAGUGUGGUACAAAGAAAACAAAAUGGAGGACAACAUAUUAUUUAUCAGUGCCUUGUGUAUUAGUUUUACAGGUGUAUUUGCCGGGGAGUAUUGCACUGAAUAUACCACUAACAACACUGACUUGCACCGUUAUCCCAAGACUGUCUGGUGUGAGGAAGGUUGUUGUGGCGAUGGCAAGGACUGGGACCGGCACUGUUGUAUCAGUGGUUUACGAGUUGGCAUGAUAAUUGGCAUCAUAAUAGGUUCAAUAACCCUUGUCGCAAUGUUAGUAGCAGUAUUAUGUUACUGCUUGAAGUCUAGAGCACAGAUAAAAAAAGCUCAAAUGAAAGGUAUGCCAACGACAGAUAUAGUUUAUGGACAACUGGCAGUUGAUGGUGCAGUCAACUAUCACUAAUCAAAAAACACUAAUUUAAUGAUGCUGAAAGAACAUUUGUUUUUGUAUGUAUUCUAUUCAUUUGUUUUGUUUUGUUUUCACUAAACCUGUUUGCAAAGCUUUGUGUUACAAAUCAUUGUUUCAUUCGAGCAACCAUGCAUGACGAAAACGAAACUGUUUGUCAUAUGUGAAAAACAAAAUAUAUAAUGCAUCUAAUAUAUUAUAUAUUCACAAAUGUUUAUAAUUGUUUUCGGUUUAUCAACUUCCUGUUUACGUUUACUUCUUGCUAUAUUUAAUUGUAUUUCGUUUGUUUUGCAAAUUAAACGCAUUAUGCUACAUAGUUUUACUGCAAUACAUUUUACAUUUUCAAACCUUUUUUAUUUUAUUUGUAACGUUAGUUGUACUUUACAGGGUGAAAGUCUUGCGAUGAUAUUUAGAUGAAAAAAAAAUAUGAUUAAAAAUUCAGAAUUUGUCAGAGAAGAGUAUCAUUUAAUUCCUUCACAGCUAUAUAACAAUUUUUGUUGAAAAUAAACUGCUGUAUUAUUACA